CUCAGGCAAGCUCCCUGGGGCAGCAGCUCCCUGAGGCCCCAGGAACAUGGCCGUCCUGUGGCUGGUGCUGCUCUUGGCAUUGCCCGUCUUUUUCCUGGGAGCCUUUGUCUGGGCUGUCUUUGAGCACUUCCUCACGGCAGAUCUCCCAGCCACCAAGUUGAGAGCCCUGCAUUGCAUAUUCCUUUAUCUGCUCACUUUGGGGAAUAUACUUGAGAAGCUGGGAAUUUGCUCCAUGCCCAAAUUUGUCCGUUUUUUACAUGAUAGCAUGAGAAUUAAAAAGGACCCUGAACUUAUGGUGACUAACCUGCAUUUUGGGAUGAUACCUGUGAGGCUGUUCCAGCCCAAGGCAGCAUCCUCCAGACUCUGGCGAGGCAUCAUCUUCUACCAAGGAGGGGGCUCAGUAUUUGGGAGCCUGGAUUGUUACCAUGGCCUGUGCAAUCUUCUGGCCCAGGAGACUGACUCUGUGUUUGUGAUGAUUGGGUACCGCAUGGUUCCUGACCACCAUUCCCCUGCCAUUUUCCAUGACUGCCUGAAUACUUCCAUUUACUUCCUGAAGGUCCUGGAAACCUACGGGGUGGACCCCUCCAGGGUUGUGGUCUGUGUAGAAAGCAUCGGAGGCGCAGUGGCGGCCACCAUCACCCGCCUGGUGGGAAGAUCGGAUCUUCCCCGGAUCCGGGCUCAGGUUCUGAUCUACCUGCUUGUCCAGGUAUUCUGUUUGCAGUUACCAUCCUUUCAGCAGAACGAAAAUGUCCCGUUCCUCUCCUGGAAGUUCGUGGUGACCACUCUGUGUAACUAUCUGGCCAUUGACCUCUCCUGGCGUGAUGCCAUUUUGAACGGCAGUUGUGUACCCCCGGAGGUCUGGAGGAAGUAUGAAUGGCUUAGCCCUGGCAAUGUCCCCAAGAAAUUUAAGAAAAGAGGCUUCCAACCCUGGCCUCCGGGCCCGUUUAAUGAAGCUGCCUGUCUAGAAACCAAACAUAUGCUGGAUGUAGAAAAUUCUUCCCUGCUAGCAGAUGAUGAUGUCAUUGCUCAGCUUCCUGAGGCCUUCCUGGUGUGUUGUGAGAAUGACAUACUCCGUGAUGACAGCUUGCUCUAUAAGAAGCGCUUGGAGGACCAGGGGGUCCGUGUGACAUGGUACCACCUGGAGGAGGGUUUUCAUGGAUCCCUUAUCUUUUUUGAUAAGAAGGCUCUCUCUUUCCUAUGCUCCCUGAAGAUCGUGAAUGCUGUAGUCAAUUAUGUAAAGGGCAUGUGAUAGUAACCCUGGAGCCCCGAGGAGGAAGGGGCAAGCAUGGACUCUACCAGAAACUGGGUGCUUUAGUGAGUUCUACUUUGUUGACUAAAGUGGUGCUACGUCAAUGCUUGGGUCAGCUGGGAAGGGUGGGAAGGAAGCUAACAGUCUUGCUUAGUGUUCCAGAAAAUCCCAACUCUGUGUGUUGCCUUUUGUCACUAACAGUGUCUAGUUCUGGAUCUAGUUGCCUUU